AUGUUGCCGAUUCUGUCGCUCUCCCUGAGUCUCUCCACCGCAUCGCCUCCCACCCCUACCUUCCCCGCCGCCUCGCGAUUCAACUUCCGUGGAAGCGACUGCGCCUACUACGUCGCUGGCUCCGGUCCUCCCGUUGUGCUGCUGCACGGUUUCGCCGGCUCGGCGUACAACUGCUGGCGGAGCACCGUCCCGGCGCUCGCAGCGACACACACUGUCUACGGAAUCGACCUCUUGGGCCUCGGCGCGAGCGCUCAGCCGGUCGUCGAGUACUCCAUCGACCUCUGGCGCGAGCAGUGCGCCGCCUUUGGCACGCCUGCCCGCGCGGUGGGCAUGAUGAACUGCGGCGUCGGAAUGAACAACAAGAACGCGCUCAAGGCGCAGCCUCGGCGCAACCUCGGCGCAGCCUCGGCGGAUCUCGACGCCGUCUGA